AUGACUAGAGGUUUGGCGCCUCCCGGCAGAGCGGCACAUUUCACCGCAGCCCAUGGACCGACAGGGCUCUGCCUUAUGCACUACUCCGAGAUCGCGAGCAUCAUGGCUCUGGCCGCCCUCGCCGCCCCGGCCGCCGCCCUCCCCACCGGGCGCGGCGCGGCGCUCGAGGCCCGCUACAUUGGCCCCCACACCGCCGUUGGCCCUUACAUUAGCCGCAACAUCAAAAAGACACACAACCGGGUCAAGGCGCACAACAACACGGUCAAGAACAACCAGAUCAAGGAUCCCGAGAUGGCCAGCACCUCCGGGAAGCCGGCCCAGAAGCCGGCUGCCGAACCCAAGCCUGCGACGCCCCCCAAGAAGGACUCCAAGCGCGAUGUGCAGCCCGAGGAGGCCGAGGAGGAGGCCGAGGAAGCGGGUGUCGAGGAGGAGGCCGCCGGCGAGACCUACUAG